ACCAAAGCAUCAAAGAUCCAUUCAUUGGGUCCCACUUCAAGGGUUUUACUCGUGAAAAGGGAAGUUUGUUGAUUAUGAUCAAAAGACAGACUUUCACAUCAUCACCUUCACAUCCUUGAAGUCACCCAUCACACAACAUGUCAAGCUUCACUGCUAUAGCCAAAUCAAGCGGUGCAUUACGAUUAGGACAAGCCGGUGGAGGUAGUGGAGCGCCUGCUCCUCAUUUCGAUUCAAUCUUACGUGCUGCUCCGGCAUAUGAUGAAGAUGACGAUUAUGAGGAAGUAGAAAGGCGGAACGAACAAAGAGAGGAAGAAGAAGAUUUGAAUCUGCCAACACCAACAGAUGUAACAGAAGCAAUCAGACCACACUUGCAACAUCAUUCAUCCCUGCAUGCAUACUUGGACGCGAAUAUGCUGUUGGAAGAAAUGAUUCUAGGAACACAAGAAAGAAUAUAUGAAGAUUCGGGAAGGCUCAAAAGUCAAAGAGCAGAGCUAAGACGAGCCGAAGAAAGUUUAAAGGUCCUGCAGAGUGCAAAAGGUAAAGGAACGGGUGCAGCGUUUUGGAUGCCGAAGAAAAAGAGGGCAUACAAGGCAAAGAUGGAAGAAUCGUUGAACAAUUUGGACAAAGUACAAGAUCAGGUAAAUAUGUUGGAUCGCGAUUGGAGGGAACAAACCGAACACAUCGCAACCCUCAAAGCGGAACUCGCCCAAUUCAAACGAGUUGAAGCAAGAUUAGACGCUCUGGAUAAUCAAGUCUUUAGCGGACAAACACCCGCACAUCCUGAAGAAGAUGAAUUGGAACAAAAGUAUCAUAUCUUAUGGCAAACGGCAAGAAGGCUACAAGCAUCUGUACAACUUGAAAAGAGAGCACAAACACAUCUAACAAAAGCGCAUACAUUAUGUCAUACAAUGGUAAAUGAAUUACUCAAAGGUUUAAAUAUCGGAAUCGAAACAGGUGUGGCGAGCAAUACCAAACAUAAAACACAAUUAUGGAAAGGGACAGAUUCAAAGUACACAGCAAGACAUUCUCGUGGGGUUAUCCUAAGAGCAAAGACACUUUGUGGUGAUUUGCAUACCCAUUUCAUCUCCGCAAGAGCUAUUCAGAGAAGGAUAAAGCCACUACCAAAAUUGGAAGUGAUUGAACUUACACGAUUACCCGAUCAAUGGAACAGUAAUACCGUUAACGAGAAAGGUCUACAUAGAUCGUUAGAAUCUUCUUAUGCACAAAGCAAAGUCGUUAAAGCACACAUCGAAAAAGAACGUGAAAAGAGCGUAAGAAGACAAAAGAAGUUGAAGGAGCAAAUUGACGGUUUACAAGGACAAGCAAGAUCUAUUUGGCUUGAAUUACGUCAUAUUCGCAGAAACAUUAUUGAAGUUAUUCGACAGAAUGAAAAUGAACCUUUAUCGUCAACUGACACCGUACCGCGCGCUGCUGAUCUUUUGGCGAGUAGCAAUAGUAUCGGAUCGCAAAGGCCAUCGCAAGAACGUCCUUUCAACCCUUCCGUUCCACCUUCAGCAGAAGCAUCUGCAAGGCCAAGUAUGAGCGGUUCUCUAUUUCCUCCACCGUACAGACGAGAACUUGCUUCACAAUCCUCAUUAGGCAUUCAAUUUCCUCCUCUCACCACAACGGAUUCAGGUACUUUGGCCGAUUUUGCAUCUUCAAACGAUUGGGAAGCACGUGAACAACAUAGAUUGAUCACUUUACCUCGUGCUUUUCGUCGUGUGAUAGAUAGAGAAAGUAUAAAGAAAAGUAAAGAAAUCGCAACUCGAAUCGCAGUGGAAGUUGGAGGAUUUGACGAAGAUGAUGAUGUGGCUGCUAUUGGUCAUAUUGAUACGCCGGGAGAGGAAGAUUUACCGGGCUUCCAUUUAGCUUUCAAUUGAGGGUGUAAAUACGAUUUUUCAAUUUAUCUCACGAAACUGCAUGUAUAUUAAUGAAUGAAAUGAUGAACUCGAGCGCUGUGUAUACAGAUGAGGGGAAAGAGAAAUCAUAAAAAAAGAAAGGCAGGGACAAGGUCUUAAUCACGUUUGCGCAAAUUGCUCAUGGAGGGACUCUUUUUACGUCCUGCUAACAUCAUACUUGCAUCACUCUUGCGUCUUUUUACCUGUCUAUCAGCAUUUUCUGAAGUUGGAUUCUGCACGGAAUCUUCAAUCUUUUCAGAAAUCGAAGCUGAAGAAUUCAUACUUGGCGUCAUGUUUGGCAAAGGUGGUGCAUCUUCCCACCUUGGACCGUUUCUGUUGGCUUUAGAAUUUGACGAUUUACGUGGAGAAGAAGGUUGAUCGAAUUGUAUCCUUUCGUCCGCUUCAGCUGCAUUAUCGCCCAUACUGCCUCCG